AUUCCUUAUAAGACCUUGUACUGAGAUAGAAUAAUUCAAGGCGGGUCUUCAAAGUUGCAACUAUGACCUUGGAGAGAACGUAUCUACUCAGUCGGCUAAUAAAAUACCUCCCUUACAAAAGUUUCGUUCCAUUCCAAAGAUAUUCUUGUUCAAGUGCGAAUUUACCAAACAGAGAUCCUACUUCUGAUUCAGACAAGUUAACAGAGUUUUUGAAUAAAGCUGAGCGUUCAACAAUUAAGGAUAAAGAUUUCUGUGAUAAUAGCCAAAGUUCUGUAUACAAGACGAAUGAUGAUUCUAAAUCGACUGUUGAUCCGUCUCCCAUUUCUAAUUUUCAAGAGAAUUCUAGUGGAAAGGAUAAGUUCGAAGAGAAAAGAGUUGUAUCUUCAGUUUCAUUUGUUCCAUGGACAAUGAGUUUAUUUCUAAAGGAGAUGGAUAUUUCAAAAUUGCUUUCUAAACGUUCCGAAAGUCCAGAAAAGUCUUUUCCUACCUUAUUGCGCUAUAGCCCAUUCAUUCAGCUUGGAGAUUUCAGGUCUCGUGAGCUAAUUGGUGUUGUUAUUGACAACGUAGAUGACACUGAUCUUUACAUAGAUUUUGGUGGAAAAUUUCACUGUGUUUGUUCUCAACCGGCUAACCAAUUUUAUCCACGUGGAAGCUUAGUGUGUAUACGCUUAAAAAACCCUGAGUUAACAGGCAAAUUUAUGGUAAACACUAAGGGCGUUUCAAUUUUUGAAGCAGAUGCCACACUUCUAGGACCGUACAAAGGCCGACUUGUUAGGACUAUACCUGAUGAAGAAAAAAUGAUAACAACAAAUGCAGAUGGUGUUAAAAGAUGGCGUUCCGCUACAGAUGAAGACAAUGUGGCUUUGGAACAUUGGCGCCUCAAAUAGCAUUUUGUGUAAUACUUUUCCUUUUGUAUAUACAUGUUGUCUAGACUAAGUUGAUCAAUCAUGUAAUCUCACUAUUGUAUAAAUAAACUAGUUGCCCUUUG